CGGUAGUUCUUAGGCACUUCCCUCAUCACCUCCGAUGACGUUUAUGGCGCCAGAAAUCAAGGGUUUAGUGGGGAGGUUGUGUUUGUCAGCUGGUGGACAUUUACCGUUAACUGUGCUAUGUUGGCGGCACCGUAAACGUUUCGCAUUUUGAACCAGAAUAACGGCUGGUUAACCGUCGUUUCGUGCUAGUAUAAGGUCGGUUUGGAAUCAAGAUGGUGAUACUACGCAGCAGCAGCGGUGUCGGCGCCGAGUCGGUGGCAACAACUCCGAAGAGGAGGUCGAUGGAGUUGGAUUCAAGCGCCGAUUUUCUGUCGCUGCUUCCCGCGUCGCAGAGAAAGUCCGCCCGGCUGACCCGGUCCUCCCGGGCCCUGGAUGACAGCUUCAGCAGCUCCGAAAACAACAUAGUGAAUGGACAUGCUGAUAUGAAGCAGGAGGAGGGAAGUGGUCUCCAUCACUCUACAAGGACCCGAGGAAAGAGGGAGAAACUUGAGGUCUCUUUUGCUGACAUGGAACCAAAGACCAGCUCCCCUCUGAAUGAAGACAACUCUGGAGGAUGCCUCAGGAAAUCUUCCAGGCUGCAGAGAGAGGUGAAAGCAUCCAGUGGGAAGCAGCAAGCAGAUGUUCCAGAUGAGGUGGAGGGGUCAUCCACUCCCAAGAGGAGCCGCUUUAAUCUACGGACUCGGGAGGAGGAUUGUUCAGUGCGACGUAGUUCCCGAAUCACCAGAUAUAAACUGGAUUCCCGUAACCAGUCAGUGCUCUAUGACCGCCUCAUCACCAACACUGCUGAAGCUGUUCUCCAGAAGAUGGACGAUAUGCAGAAGAUGAGACGCAGACUGAAGAGCAGAGAUAGAGACGAUGAACAAGAGCUGGGUGUGUACACCAGAGGCAGAAUGUUAAGGUCUCUGAGGACAGAUGUGGAGAAUAAAGACACAGAGGAGGAGAACCAAGGAGAAGAUGAGGGCGAUCAUGAAGAGGAGGAGGAGGAAGAUGAUGAUGAGGAGGAGGAGGAGGAGGAGGAGGAAGACGAUGAUGAGGAUGGGGAGGAUGAGGAAGAAGAAGAUAAUCAGAGGCGUUAUGACUUCAGACAGCGGAAAACUGUGGUUCGCUACCAGGCCCCGCAGGAUGAACCCAGAGAGCCCAGGAAGCGCGGCAUGUACUUCAAGGACCACUCGUCUCCCACCAGACGCAGGUUUAGAUUCAGCUCCACGGCCCCGAGGAGCCCCUACAACAGAAGAAGAAGAACCAGCAGGAGUAGUUCUGAGAGAAGGAGACACGCCAUCCACAGCAGUGACUCCACUUCCUCAUCUUCAGACGAUGAGAAAUUCCAGAGACGGAGAAGUAAGAACAGGAGCAGGUCAGUCAACAGAUGUCUGCCUAUGAACUUGGUGAAAGAAGACCUGCUAGGGAUCCACAAGGACAGGAUGAAGAUUGGAGCCAGCCUUGCUGACGUGGACCCUAUGCAAAUUGACAGGACGGUGCGUUUUGAAAGCAUUGGAGGUUUGAGCAGACACAUCUCAGAUCUCAAGGAGAUGGUGGUCUUCCCUCUCCUCUACCCAGAAGUCUUUGAGAGGUUCAAAAUACAACCUCCAAGGGGCUGUCUGUUUUACGGCCCUCCAGGCACAGGGAAAACCCUCGUAGCCAGAGCACUAGCCAACGAGUGCAGUCAGGGUGAAAGAAAGGUGUCUUUCUUUAUGAGGAAAGGAGCUGACUGCCUCAGUAAGUGGGUGGGAGAAUCUGAGAGACAACUACGACUGCUUUUUGACCAGGCAUACCAAAUGCGUCCUUCCAUCAUUUUCUUCGAUGAGAUUGACGGUUUGGCUCCAGUCAGGUCCAGCCGUCAGGACCAGAUCCACAGUUCCAUUGUGUCGACCCUGUUGGCUCUUAUGGACGGAUUAGACAGUAGAGGAGAGGUUGUUGUGAUCGGAGCUACAAACAGACUGGACUCCAUCGACCCAGCUCUGAGAAGACCAGGGCGCUUCGACAGAGAGUUUCUCUUCGGCCUGCCAGACAGAGAGGCAAGAAAGGACAUUCUGAAGAUCCACACAAGACUUUGGUCUCCGCCACUGUCCGACACUUUUCUGGAGGAAUUGGCAGAUAAAUGUGUUGGUUAUUGUGGAGCAGACAUCAAGGCAGUGUGUUCAGAGGCUGCCUUGUGUGCGCUGCGGCGUCGCUACCCACAAAUCUACUCCUCAUCACAGAAACUUGUGCUUGAUGUCAACUCCAUCGCUAUCACAAACAAAGACUUUAUGUCUGCCAUGUCCAAGAUGGUUCCUGCUGCCCAGAGGGCAAUAGUGUCACCAGCAAAGGCCCUGAUACCUGCCAUUCGUCCUCUGCUGAGCUCCACCUUGCAGAACAUCCUCCACACUGUCAGCAGACUGUUCCCACACGCUGAGCAGGGCUUAAAGAGGAAGAGAGAACUAGAUGCAGCCUGUGGCGUGUUUGAGGAUGAUCUGAUGUUCAGUGAGGAUGAGGACUCAGAAGUCAGUGGACAGACCUCUCACUCCCAGCUCAGAAUACCUGCUGUUACGGGACUCCUCAACCUCAACAGGAGUGUGCUGAGCCACCCGACCUCCUACCGUCCCAGGCUGCUGUUGGAGGGCAGACCAGGCUCAGGUCAGAGCUCCCACUUGGCUCCUGCCGUCCUCCACGCUCUGGAGAAAUUCACUGUGUACACACUGGACAUGGCUGUGCUGUUUGGAGCCAGCGCAACUGCACCAGAAGAGACUUGUGCUCAGAUCUUUGUUGAAGCAAAGCGGACCUCUCCCAGUAUCCUGUACAUCCCUCACAUUGGACAGUGGUGGGAAACAGUGGGUCCGGCCUUAAGAGCCACCUUCCUCAGCCUGCUCAGCUCCAUCCCUGCCUUUGCUCCUAUACUGCUUCUGGCUACGUGCAACCUGCACUAUGACCAACUCAGUGUGGAGGUGCAGGAAUUGUUUCGGAUGGAGUACGGAGAGGUUUUCCACAUCAAGGUCCCCACCAGCAGAGAAAGAAGAAACUUCUUUGAGGAUCUAAUCCUCAAUCAGGCUGCCAAGGCCCCUGCCUCAAAAAGGAAAGCUGUGCUAAAUACAUUGGAGGUGCUUCCUGUCGCCCCUCCACCUCCGCCACGUCAGCUGACGGUGGAGGAGAUCCAACGAUUGGAGGAGCAGGAAGAAGAUACACUCAGGGAGCUCCGCCUGUUUCUGCGUGAUGUCACCAACCGCCUGUCCCAAGAUAAACGCUUUAAGGCUUUUACAAAGCCUGUGGAUUUAGAGGAGGUGCCAGAUUAUGCCGAGGUGAUCAAGAAACCCAUGGACUUAUCAACAGUUCUCUCUAAGAUCGACCUCCAUCAGUAUGGGACGGUCAAAGAGUUCCUCCAAGACGUGGAUCUCAUCUGGCAGAAUGCUCUCGAAUACAACCCAGACAGGGACCCCUCAGACCGCCAGAUCCGCCACAGAGCAUGUGCACUGAAGGACACCGUCCAUGCUAUCAUCAGAGAUGAACUGGAUGAAGAUUUUGAGAAGAUGUGUGUGGAGAUCAAAGUCUCGCGCAGCACAAGAGAUUGCUCCAAUGCCCGGUUUGCUCCCUCUUUCUACCACGUUCUUCCCAAACAGUCCAAAUCUCCUGCUGAGGCCAAAAUCACUGACAUGACCCCUCACAGAGAGCUGGCUGGACCCACCGCUGCAGUCACUCCCAGUACAAGUGCCUCUGCUGUUACAACACCUAAAAACACAGCCCAAAAGAAGAAAAGGCGGAAGAGUCGCUGGUCUAAUGGCUUAUAUACAAAGAAGAGGCCUUCCUGCUCUCCUCACACGUCCAGAGAUGAUGCACACUUGGGGUCUGAUGAGGAAGAGGAUGAUGGGGACGAUGAGGAGGAGGUUGAGAGGGGAGGAGGAGCAGAGUGUGAUGAGGGGACUGGAGGAGAGGAGGAUCAGAUGAUGGUUGAUGUGGAGUCAGUGGCUGCACCAACUCAGGAAGGUAGUUUUGGGCCUACUGCAAUGGAGCAGGUGUGUCAGGAGGGAGGAGAGGAGAGGAGUGAAGCUGCUGAAGAUAAAGUCCUCUUACGUGAAAUGGGGAAUCCAGAAAAUGAUGAGACACAGAACGAUAAUGAGAAGGUGGAUAAAGCUGUCACAGAUCAACCAGGACAGUCAGAGGAAAAUGGAGUGUUGACAAAGGCAGAAAAUGAGAACAGUGAAACCACUUCAGUGAACACUACCAAGGACGGCCACGCUGAGUCAGAAGGCAAUACCCAGGGGCAGUCCAGCACAGAAGAGAGGGGUGAAACUAAUAGUCAAAAGCUGACAGAAACUGAGACUGAGAAAUGUCAAACUGUAAUUCAGGCAGAUGAAAGGAACAACGAGGUAGUUACUGUAGAGGAGGUAGAGCAGAACAGCCCUGCUGAACCAAUGGAGGUGGAAGCAACAGAUACCUCAACCACGGACGCCUCUGCUGCUGUCCGAGGGGAGGAGGACGCAGGCCCAGAGCGCAGUGUGAGGCGCAUAACUCGGGCACUAAAGAAUGCUGUGCUACAGCAGCAGAUGGUCGAUGUUGACAAAGCUCUGCAGAUCCUGGACCAGGAAACUCCUGCUCUGGUGGUGAACAGAGACAAAUUAAAGGAGCUGUUGGAGAGAGCAGUGACCAAGACUGAAGGCUACGAGGUCUACAAGCUGGAGAAACUCUAUGCCCUGCUCUGCCAGAGUAUCUACAGACACAGACGAGACUACAACAAAACUUCACUAAUACAGGAGUUGGAGCAAGAGAUUGAAGACUUCUGUUGACUUUCCUACUGGAAGAAUAUGAUUUUUUUUAAUAAUCAUACUCAUCCUCUCAGCUAUGUAAAUACACUUUGGUGCUAUUUUCAUAGAAAUCUACAGGCACCUUUAUUUGUGCAUUAGCUAAAACUUUG